ACAAGCGAAGUGUUUAAAAACUUGCCGAGCUCAAGGUUCCUUCAAUUAUGUUGGAAGGCUUUAAGCGGAGACUUUAACGAAUUGUUUUCUGAAUUAAGAUGGCUUCGGUGGUUAUACAUUGAACCUAACAUGUCUUCUUCGGCGAGCAAUUUGCAUCUACAUAAAUUAGUGGUGCUCCAGUUGUCGCGGAACAAGCUCACAGAGGAUUGGGAAGGGUGGCGUUUGAUCAUGACGGCAAAGCGGCUAAAAGUUCUUGACCUUUCAUAUAGCCAGGAUUUAAGAUGCACUCCUGAUCUCUCGACUUUCACAGAGUUGGAGAUUCUCAUCUUGAAAGACUGUUACAAACUAGAGCAAGUCCACCCUUCUAUCGGCAAAGUCAAGAGCCUCGUUUCCUUGGACUUGACUUACUGUGGCAAGCUGCAGAAGCUACCAACAGAAGUGGGCGAACUAGAAGAACUGAAAGAACUUCUUUUAGUUUAUGCUGGUAUUACAGAGAUUCCUAUGUCAAUCGGUUCUCUAAGGAAGCUACAGAAACUGAGUGCCUCAUCUUGUCGGUCAUUGGUUGAAAUGCCUCUCUCAAUCGGGAAUCUUUCUUCGCUUGAGAUUCUCCUUAUCACUGGCACAUCGAUAUCUCACCUACCAGAAAGCAUCCAGAAUCUUUCUUUUCUCCAAAGCCUUGACCUAAAGGGCUGUAAGGAGCUCCGGUCAUUGCCUGCGCUUCCUUCCGGCUUAACAUAUCUUCAGGUCAAUUCCCCGAUUCCCAUAUUGCCUCAGCUUUCUUGCCUAAUCCACCUAGAAGAACUUUAUCUUUGUGGAUGCAAUCAACUUGAGUACAUCCCAGAGCUUCCCUCGAGACUCUUGAAACUUUGUGCGGACUCCUGUCCUAAGCUGAUAUUGCCUAAGCUUGACGGAUUCAAGUAUUUGGAAUAGUUGUCAGUAAAGCACUGCAAUUCCAUUGAAAGAAUGGACCUCUCACAAUUGAAUCGCCUGAAAGGAUUGGACGUUGAGUAUUGCGAUAGUCUUGUUGAAAUUCAGGGCGAAGGUAAAUGGGAGUUCUUGGAGACGGUACGUAUAUAUAGGUGCAAGUCCAUGAUAGGCUGAUCCUUC